CCAUGGCUACAGGAACUAUUGGCUCACUAGCAGCAUUUGAUGCAAAAGUUCAAACAUGGGAAGAGUAUUCGGAAAUAGUGGAGCAAUUUUUCGUGGCUAAUGGAAUCGAAGAUGAGGGAAAAUCGGACAUAUCGCCAGAGCCUGUCGCAACAAAAGCCAACAGAGUGGACACGCAUCAACUGAAAAAGGAGGAAAAGGUGUGCGUCCGUAUCGAGCAUUCAAUGUAAGUGAAAAUAAUGAGAGUGAUGAAUCUGAAGAAACAUUUACUUUGGCAUAUGUAAAAACUGAUGCAUUGAAGAAAGUGAAACCCAUCAAUGUUGAGUUGCAUGUUAAUGGCAGACUUGUAAAUUUUGAGAUUGAUACAGGAUGUAGUGUCAGUCUUAUGAAUGAGGGAAUGUACAAGGACAUCUGGAAAAUUUCAGAAGCUCCCAAAUUGAGACGUACAAAAAUCAAGUUGAGAACUUAUACAGGAGAGCCAGUAGAGAUAGUGGGUGUGGCUGAUGUACAAGUAAAAUACCAGCAGCAGGAAAAGAAAUUGUCACUUGUCAUAGUGAAAGGAACAGGACCAUGCUUACUAGGCAGAGCCUGGCUUGAAGAAAUUCAACUACAAUGGAGUGAGAUAAAGCUGAUACAGUCAGAGGUGAUGACAUUGCAACAGGUGCUAUCCAAGCAUGAGGAAGUAUUCAAAGAGGAGCUUGGGACAUUAAGGGGUACUACUGCUACUCUUCACGUGCCGACUGAUGCCACACCACGGUUUUUCAGACCUAGAUCGGUGCCCUAUGCCCUGAAAACAAAGGUGGAGGAAGAGAUUAAUCGACUGCUACGGGACAAGAUCAUCUCACCUGUUAAGUAUUCAGAUUGGGCAGCUCCUGUUGUUCCUAUCUUGAAACCAGAUGGCAGUAUAAGAUUAUGCGGUGACUAUAAACUCACAGUCAAUAGAGUGUCAACAUUGGAACAGUAUCCAAUACCUUGGGUGGAAGAUCUUUUUGCUCUAUUGGAUGGAGGAAAGCAGUUCACAAAAUUGGACAUGAGUCACGCAUACCAACAAAUCAUCAUGGAUGAAAGCUCCAAGAAAUACUUGACAGUGAAUACACAAAAAGGGUUAUUCACAUAUAAUCGUCUUCUCUUUGGAGUGGCUUCAGCUCCUGCUAUCUUCCAGAGAACAAUGGAGGGAUUGUUGCAAGGUAUUCCUGGAUUAGUUGUUUAUCUGGAUGAUAUAUUGGUGACUGGCGUAAACCAAGAAAGUCACUUGAAGACACUGGAUGAAGUGCUGUCGAGACUGGAAGAAGCUGGUUUGCGACUGAAACGAGUAAAAUGUGUGUUCCUGGCAGAUGAGGUGGAAUAUUUAGGCCACAGAGUAGAUGCACAGGGUCUACAUCCUUUGGGAAUUAAAGUGAAAGCCAUUGAAGAAGCACCAGAACCAAGGAAUGUCACAGAGCUUAAAGCAUACCUGGGACUACUUAACUAUUAUAACAAGUUCCUGCCAAAUCUGUCAACGCUGCUGGCCCCCCUACAUCUGCUGCUGAGAAAAGAUGUUCAGUGGAUGUGGAAAAAGCCCCAGCAAGAAGCUUUUAUAAAAUCUAAAACUCUACUAAAAUCAGCAGAGGUGCUAGCACAUUAUUCAUCAGAUUCAGAACUAAUUUUGGCUUGUGACGCUUCACCCUACGGGGUUAGUGCAGUGCUCUCGCAGCGUAUAAAAGGAGAGAGGGUGGAGAAACCUCUUGGGUUCAUGUCUAGGACAUUAACGCCUGCGGAGAAACGUUAUUCACAACUGGACAAAGAAGGCUUGGCUGUGAUUUUUGGCAUCCAUAGAUUUCACAAGUAUUUGUAUGGUCGUGCAUUUACAAUUUGCACUGAUCAUAAGCCUUUGAUCCAUUUGUUUAAUGAAACAAAAGCAGUUCCUCAAAUGGGUUCACCCAGAGUGCAAAGGUGGGCUGUGAUGUUACAAGCAUAUCAGUAUAACAUUCUUUACAAGCCAGGAAAGUACCACCAAAAUGCUGAUGCGCUGAGUAGACUUCCAGUGCCAGGUGAGGGAGAACCUGAUGACACUAAUGAAGUGCUGAUGAUGAAUUUAAUGGACGAUUCGCCUGUAAGUGCAGCACAAAUUCGGAAGUGGACAUCACACGACAUAACACUCUCCAUGGUACAUGAGUACCUCUUAAAGGGCUGGCCUGAGAAAGUAGAGCCACAUGUGUUACCGUACCAUCACAGGAGAGAUGCUCUCAGUGUCAAAGAUGGAUGUGUGACUUGGGGAGCGAGAAUAGUCAUACCAUCGCAAGGUCGAGUGGCUGUAUUGAAACAGUUACAUCAGACUCAUUCCGGCAUGUCCAGAAUGAAAGGAUUGGCCCGAUCAUACAUGUGGUGGCCUGGAAUGGACCAGGAUGUAGAGAGAGUGGUUCAGAAAUGUGAGGUGUGUCAAAGUUUCAGAAAGGCACCUGCUCAAGCUCCUUUGCACCCGUGGGAGUGGCCAGGCUCACCCUGGGAAAGACUUCAUGUAGACUACGCAGGGCCCUUCUUAGGAAGAAUGUUCCUCAUUCUGGUAGAUUCUCAUUCCAAGUGGAUGGAAGUUUAUCCUGUUAUGCAGGCCACUUCCCAAAUUACAAUUGAGAAAUUGAGAAUGUGUUUCAGUACACAUGGAUUACCUAAAAUGUUAGUGUCAGACAACGGAACAUGUUUUACCAGUAAUGAGUUUGAAACGUUCAUGGAGAGAAAUGGUAUUCAACAUGUAACCUCAGCUCCUUAUCAUCCUUCUUCAAACGGCCUAGCUGAACGUGCUGUUCAAACUUUUAAGGAGGGGAUGAAAAAGAUGAAACGUGACACUGUGGAGACAAGAGUAGCAAGAUUCUUAUUUAAUUAUAGAAUCACUCCUCAUGCAACAACUGGGUUAUCACCUGCUCAAAUGCUAAUGUCACGGAAGUUGAGAUCCACAUUUGAUUUACUUAUUCCUGAUGUGAAGUUCAAAGUUCUGAAAAAACAGCAGAAACAAAAAGAAGGCCAUGACAACAGUUGCAAACUCCGAAGUUUUGAAGUUGGAGAUUCAGUGUAUGUGAGGAAUUAUGCUGGUGGACCUAAGUGGAUUCCUGCAGUAGUGGAAUGUUGUACAGGACCUCUUUCAUAUAAGACUGCUCUGGGGCAUGGACAAACUGUGAAAAGACAUGUGGACCAAAUAAGAAAUCGUAGUACAGAUGAGAUGCUUGAGAUUAUACUACCCACAGAGAGUGAACAGGAUGGUGACACUUCUGCAUUGCCUAGUGCGGAUGUUGUCAAUAUACCUGCAGACCAGGAGAUGUCUGCCCUGGAGAAAGAACAAUCGUUAGAAUUGACUGUUGUAGAAAAAGAAACUAACCAACCCACGAAUCUGAGAAGGUCUGCAAGAGACAGACGUUCUCCAGCUUACUUGAAAGACUGUUACAUAAGUCAAGUCAGUAAAAGACAAUCAGUGCAAUCUAACUGGUAG